AUGCGAGUUGUGCCUUUACAGGCAAGAACCAACAUCGUCCUUGAAAAAGGAAUAUAUGUGGAUGAAAAUUCUAGAUCCUGUAAGUCUCAUUUUCAGAAUGACAUACUCACCCAAACUGCAAUGUCACAGAUUGAAGGAACGAAUGACGAGACUUAUCUCAACAGGACAGACAUUGCUGACCUUCUUCAGAGGAUGAGACAAUCAAUGUUAUUAAAAGCUCGAUUAGACUUUGAAAAUCCAUUAUCAUUGUCAGAUGAAGAUUAUUACUACUUUACAGGUCUGUCUAAGAAUCAAUUUUUUGAAGUCCUGUCAUCUCUUACCUCUCUCAGAAAUACAUCUGUCCGGUCUAAACGAACCUGCCUUGCAAUCUUGCUUGUAAUACUUCGCACUGGUUUAUCAAAUAAUCUUCUGGCCGUAUUGUUUUCUCUAAAGAAAUCACAAAUACAAAGGUCUAUCCAUGCUGCCAAGAAUGCUUUGAUUCAGGAUUAUGUUCCAAAAAACCUUGGAUUUCAACACAUUGAUCAUGAUACCUUUGCACAACAACAUACAACCCCUCUAGCUAAAACUCUUUUUACAUCUGGAACUUCUAAUUCUGCAGUGCUGAUAAUGGAUGUGGAUCGCGGAUUCCGUGAUUCUGUGGAUUUCUUAACGAGCUGCGGCUUACAAGUGGAAAUGCCAUGCUUUCUAAGGAAAGGAUCAAAUCAACAUUGCACAGAAGAGGCAAAUCUUUCCCGGUUGAUCACAAAAGUGCGCUGGGUAGUGGAAAGUGUCAAUGGCAGAAUAAAAAAUUGGAAACUCUUGGAUAAAGUUAUAUCAAACCAUUAUGUUAGUUCAAUAGGUGACUUUGUGCGAAUAGUUUGCUCACUCUGCAACAACUUCAGACCGCCACUAUCCAACCAUAAUCCAGAGGGGGAAAGCAUUGCCAAAGAAAUGUUGGAGAGAUCAAAGUUUAUAAAUCAUGUCAAGGCAUUAGUAGAGGAAAACAAUUUGAUAAGAAAGAGAAAUACAUACAUAAAUAUCACUGAAGAAAAUGAGACUCUAGACAAUUUUCCAAAAUUAUCACUAGAUGAUCUUCGACAGAUUACAUUUGGCAUAUACCAGUUAAAGCAGGCCCAACAUUACACCGCUGAGCACAUAGCAGAUGAUGGACUCUAUUCUAUUCUUUUAUGUAAAGAUUUACCAGAUUUCUUUCGAGUAAAGAUACAGUCCAGGCAUUCAAACCACAUCAUACACAAUUUAUGGAUACAAUACUCACCAGAAAAUUCAACAAUAACAGGGUGGUAUUGUACUUGCAAAUCUGGUGCCCGUGUCGUUGGUACAUGUGGCCAUGUAGCAAGCGUUUUGUGGUAUUUGGGGUACAAACGACACGUGAACAGAACCAUUCCAAAGGCACACAUGGUUGACAAUGUUUUGAAUGCAGAGGAUCUACCUCAGACUGACAGUGAUAGUGAUGCCGAGAACGAAGAAGAGGUUCACUCUUCAUUAGAAGAGUAA